CAGCCGUUCGCACAUGUGUUUUGAUUGGGGUUUGCCUUCACUUGUUAUCAAUAGUUUGUCUGCAAUUAAGACACCGUUCGCUGCCAUUGAGGACACUCUCACAUGAAGUUAGGGAACCACUCGAAGAUCGCUAUCUCUUGGACUAUAUUUGCAACUCUGGGUAUUGCGGGCUUUUUUGUGGCCAAAGAGUAUGUCUAUAACAACCGCUUCCAAGCGAUGCGAGUGAGGACUGACAUCAGGAAACGACUACAAGAAGACAAACCUAAAGAACAAUAGACAGACCGACACUUGGACUCAAUUAGUAGACACCGUUUGAGUGAACAAACAUUUUAAUUAUUUUGAAAUUAUAAUCAAAUCGCUAUAACUGUGGACACAAUGAGUGGACCGACUGGUGGGCCGUCCUUACAAUUGGACGCAUCAAAGAUGCAAUUAGUGGCCGAUUUGGAGAUAGAGAUGAUGUCCGAUAUGUAUAACCGGAUGACUCGG